CUAGAGACUUGCGCUACUUGCAACUUGAAGCGCACUAAUAGAAACACGUGGGAGCAUGAACGGAAUCGUGCUGUUUUCUCUGGUGUCCUUGGCCGCGGCUACGCCGAUAACCUUUGGCCAAGAUGGAAGGCACUACAUGUUGCAGUUAUUUAGCGGCCAGUAUGGCAUCGAUCGAUCAGAUCAGGAAAUCUCCGGUACUUCCGGCGGCGGAAGUGACUACGGAGGUGGCUAUGGAGGUGGCUAUGGAGGUGGUUAUGGUGGUGGUGAUAUCGGGGGUGGCCAUGGGGGUGGUUUCGAAGCUAGUUCUGCUAGCGGGCAUCUAGAAUCCGGUGGUAGUCUCGAUAGUGGUCAUCAGGAUUUCUCUUCUGGCGGAUUCGACGGUGGUCACACUGGUGGAGAUGGUGGCCAUGGAAUCUCACUGGACAGCGGACAUAAUUAUGUUCACAGUGUUCCCGUUUCUGAGCAUGUUGAAGUGACAAAGCCCGUUGCUAUACCAGUCUACAAACACAUUGGUGUACCAGUCCCGAAAUCAGUACCGAUACAUGUGCCGCAUCCAGUAGCAGUUGGCAUUCCGCAACCUUAUCCCGUUCACGUCCCCGUACCGAAGCAUAUUCCCAUACAAGUCGUGAAGACGGUGGCAGUUCCGGUAGAGAAGAAAGUGCCUUACCCUGUAGAGAAGCACAUACCGAUACCCAUCGAGAAGCCAGUUCCCAUCACAAUCGAGAAACAUAUCCCCGUUCCAGUAAUAAAGCCGUAUCCUAUUAAGAUUCCCGUUUACAAGACUAUUUACCAUCACGCGAAGAAGCAUAUUGUGCUAUUGGGAGUUAUCACAUGCUCUUACAGUUCCGAUUGGAACUUUGGAAAUCAUGAUGAUGGUGGUGGACUUACGCUGGGAGAAAUUUCUUUAGAUCAUUAUGGCCUGGGAGGAACAGAAAGCCACUCCUUAGAUUUAUUGGGAGGUCAUUUACCAAUAAAAAUUAGUGAUUGGCACUCGGCCACCAGUGGUCAUCACGGAGUCAAUGUCAUUCCCAAGGUUAAGCAUAUCGGGAUACCGACGGUUCAGAAAAUUCCGAUCAACAUACCGCAGCCAGUGGUGGAAACGGUCCCGCAGCCUUAUCCUGUUCCUCUAGUAGUUCCGAAGCCUGUACCAUUCCAGGUGGAAAAACAGGUAAUUAAAACCGUCGAGAAGAAGAUACCGACGCCUAUCGAAAAAAUAAUUCCGGUGAAAAUCGAGAAGCCGGUACCAUUUCAAGUGGUAAAACACGUGCCCGUACCAGUCGAAAAACCGAUUCCAAUCAAGAUUCCGAUCUACAAGACCAUCGUGCAUAAAGUCAAGCAUUGAAUCUUGCUUUACGAUUUCUCCUUAUUGAUUUAUUCUAUAUAUUUAAUAGAAAAUAUAUACGCGAUAU